AUGUCCAAAAAAUAUCGAUCAACAGUCACGCUUCCAGCCACGCUUGGGCUAUCAAUGGGUUCAUUACUAUAUGUCGUGGAGGUGGGUCUAGGAACACCAGCCACAUAUCUCUCCCUUGCAUUUGAUACUGGUAGUGACCUCACAUGGACUCAAUGUGAGCCCUGCAUGCUACAUUGCUACAAUCAAACAGAACCAAUCUUCAAUCCCUCAAAAUCCACAUCUUAUUCCAACGUUCCUUGCAAAUCACCGUUGUGUGCUCAACUCGAUGCUCAUGAUUGCUUUACAAAUUCCUCGUGCCUCUAUGGCAUUGAGUAUGGAGAUAAAUCAUAUUCAAUGGGAUUCUUUGCAAAAGAAAAAUUAACCUUGACACAAUUUGAUGUAAUUGAAAAUUUCCAAUUUGGUUGUGGCCAAAAUAAUUUGCUACUCCCUGAUGAAAUGAUGUCCGGAAUCCUUGGACUCGCCCAAAACAAUGUAUCCAUUGUGUCACAAACUGCUAAAAAAUACAAUGAAGUUUUCUCUUACUGCCUUCCAUCUUCACCAUGCUCUCUUGGCCACCUCACUUUUGGAAAUAUAAAUGAUGUUCGUCAUCCCAUUAGUUUCACGCCCUUGGUAAAGAAUUCACUUGUGGGCUUACCUCUUUACUUCAUUGAACUAAGAGCAAUAAGUGUUUAUGGAAAAAAAUUACCUAUAAAUAUAUCGGUAUUUUUAAAGGUAGGCACUAAUAUAGACUCCGGAACUUUCAUCACUCGCCUACCUCCACUGGCCUAUGCAACCUUUCGAUCUGCUUUUCAAAAACAAAUGUCGAAGUAUCCGAGGGCUCAAAACUUGGGAAUUCUAGAUACAUGCUACAAUUUUAGCAAAUACAAUUAUGUAACCGUACCCAAGAUUAGUCUCUUCUUUAAGGGAGAUGUUGAACUAAACAUUGAUGCAUCUGGAAUCAUUGUUAUGCCAGACAAGGAACAAGCAUGCCUAGCUUUUGCUGGGAAUGCAGAUGAAACAUAUGUUUCCGUCAUUGGAAAUUUUCAACAGAAAACAUAUACUGUAAUCCAUGAUGUUGUUGGGGAGAAACUUGGCUUUGGUGCCUGUGGUUGCUAUUAA